AUGUCAUUCCCAACACCAGAUUCCCCAACUCCACCCAUGCGUCUAACCCAUUUAGCUCUCCCGAGAAUAUACACAUCCCCUCCUCCUGUAAAACCAACUCAAGAAGAACUUUACGAUAUCAAUUCUAAACCUGAAAGAGGUGUAUCUCCCGAUAGGUUGAGUAUCAGUUCUUUAUCCGUUUCUGUCGAAUCGGACAAGGAAAGUUUGAGGAAAAGAACUCCUUUGAGUCCUUCACCGUUAAGAUCUUUACCUCCGCUGGAAAGAAACUUUUGGCAUCCGUAUUCUAGAUCCCCUUUCCCACAAAGAAUCCCAUUAUCCUCUUCCCCAUCCAGUUCACCAGAUCGUUCUUUACCUUCUCAUCCACUCCCCCAUACUCAAAUUCGUCAAAUAAAAGAACGUCGUCCAAAUCCAUUAGAAGUCCGAUCUGUAUCUUCACCAGCUCGCGGACAUCCUCUAGAUGAAAGAAGACGAGAACAUAACGGACAAGAAUAUUUGAUUUCCAAUAGAGAUGUCCGACCUGAUUUCGAAAGAACUCGAAUGAAAGAAGAUGGGAAUAUGAGAGACAUUCGAGAUGAUCUUCAUCUAGAAAGAAUGAGAGGAAUUAAAGGUGAAGAAAAAGAAUUGAGAGAAAGACAUUUAUCAUUACCUAGAAUGGAUAUAAAUCAAAAUUCAACACAAUCACAUCCACAACCUUAUCAUCAAACUGGUUUUAUCAACCCUCCUUUUAGACAUCAUGAUAUGAGGGAAGAUGAUAGAGGUAUUUCUGGUGUUAAUGGUAGGAAUCAAUUGGGAAGGAACGGAUUAGGUGUGACUAUGGGGAAUGGAAAUGUUGGUGUGAAUGGGACAGGAACAGGUUUAGGAGGUUCAGGUCAAAUGGAAAGAGGUGGAAAGGUUUUGAAAAGUCGUAUGAGUCAUAUUCUUUCUGAACAGAGGAGAAGGGAGAGUAUCAACUCCGGAUUUGACCGUCUUCGAGCUUUAUUACCAGUAGCAGAUGACGGUAUGACCAAAGCACAGAUAUUGCAACAAGCUUCCGAUUAUAUCCUUAAAUUGGAAUCACGUGUACAAGAUCUAUCUUCGAGACAGUACGGUCGGGUGUAG